AGUUUAUGAACUGCAACAAUCUUGGUGAAAAUCGAGGCUUAUUGGACUUUGAGCCUGCCUUGACCUUGUUACCGUCCAGAGUAGGCAUGAUAACUUGACCUAGAUAUCGCCACAAACAACACUCGAGUCUUUUACGCGUAGCAUCUUUAACCAGGCGAUGAGCAAGUGAAGCAAGAGCGAGUUAUUUGAACGUUAUCUCAGGCACAUCUAGAUGAAAAGUGGAUCGUUUAGCAGCAAGGGUUAGUCUUUCGGAGAAGAAGGGUAACGCUGUGUCAGUCCCGUCGCCAGUGAACCAGAGAUGUCACGUCUGAACAUCAGUCUUCUGUCAUCCUGUGGCUUUGCCACAAGAAACAAAAUCUUCCAGAGGGGUCAUCUUCCAGCGCAACUCGUUUGGAGCAAAAGCAAUACAAACUGUGUACCUAUCCCAAGAAGUGUUGUCCUGAGCAAGGGAAUAACAUCAGUUGAUGCAUAUAGGCCUGUAGAGAUUCCAGUGGGGUAUAGGGCUUACAGCAGGAAGGGCAGAAUAUCUCUGAAUCAUCAGGAGGAGGAGGAGGUUGACCUUGCCCUCGAGGAGCAUCCUGAGGAGGAGCUAGGACUUUUCAUGGAGAGGAUGAGGGUGGAGGAGGAGGAGGACGCUGCCACCAAACAGAAGCAGGUGCUGCCACAGGUGGCAGAUGCUGUGGAAGAAGAUAAAAGUUUCUUGGAAGAGUACUUUGCUUGGGGCUUGUCCCAAAAUGAAGAUGGACAGAAUAACCUUGAAUAUGAUUAUGACGAUGAGCUGGAACAUGAGAUUGAAAUCAUGCUGCAUAUCGAUACACACAAAGAAAACAGGAAGCUUGUUGAUGCUCUGUGCAAGAUGAACCCUUCCUUCAAUAAAAACAGAGAGAGGUUGAGCCAACAGGUGGCGGUGCUACUCAGGAUAGGGUGUAAAGGGGGAGACAUAUUGGAAUUUUAUGAACGUGAACCUGAACUGAUAAAAGUGGACACUAAGAGAUGGGAAGAGGUGAUUGAUGCCCUACACUUCACUAAAUUCGAUUCUUUCCAGAUUCUACAGCUGAUUGACGACGAUAUUGAUAUAAUGAAGUAUGGACGUGAUCACAUGUAUAACGUUUUUAGUCUGUUGAGGUCAUUUGGUAUUGACCAUUCUAAGAUUAACAGUGUUGUCCUGAGAUGUCCAGAGCUUCUGACCACACCCACCAAGACCCUCCUGACUAACUUCCACCAGCUUAAGACUAUGUUCACCAAUAGGCAUCAGAGGGUGAUCAUCUUGCGCAGUCCUGGCGUCAUGGUGGCCCAGCCUGAAGACACCAAGGCCAUCUAUGAUUAUGUUCUGAAUACCAUGAAGUUAGAGGUCAAGGAUAUGCUACUUGGACGUUUGUUUGACCACUCCCUGGACCACGUCCGCAAACGGCACCAGUUUCUCCUGAGGGCAGGCGUGUACCAUACACCAGGGAAGGCCACCGUCAGUGAACACCACCAUGGCAACCCAAACCUAAAACUGAUGCUGGACACUUCUGACCGGGCUUUCUCCGAGGAUGUGGCCGGGCUGACCUUUGAGGAGUACAAAGUGUUCUGUAAGAUGAUGAAUGCGGAGUUCGAGGAGGAAAAUUUAGAGAGAGAUGGAAGUAAUGAUGGCUCCUCGUAGCAGGGUUGGAAGUUUAGGUGACAAAGACAAGGUGAUAAUUGGAUACCAUAAUUUUUCUGAGAAGUGGAAUUUGAUAGCUGAGGGUUUAGGAUUUUUCGAACACAGCAGCUUGUUGUUGAUGAUUUAUAAUAUCGGAGGUGUAUUUAGAUUAACUUAAUUUAAUAUAUAUUUUUUUCAUUGGAUCAUCUUAUUUUGGUAGAGUAAUUCCUUAUUACCAUGAACAAGGAGUAUAGGGCACAAAACACCCUUAAAUUUUUUGGUUUAGAGCUGUUCACUUUUUUUCUUUCUUUCUUUUUUUUUUUUUUUUUUUUUUUUAUUACUACCUUGUAAAGGUCCAUGGAACUGGCUGUGUGAUGGGUACUGCACUGAAGACAUCUAAUAUGUUGAGCUUUCAGAUACAUUUCACACCAGGCUCCGCUAGUCUUGUGUGUUCUAAGGGUGCUUUCCCAGAGAUUUAGAUCGAUCUAAAGAUUAAGUUUUAGAUCGACCUAACU